AUGGUGAAUCUACCAGAUUCCCUAUAUGAAGACUACACUAAAUUGAAGGUGAAUUUCCCCCCUGCUUUAGACUCAACCUUCCUACCUUCACCGGACUUAAGAAUGAUCAUCAAGUGGGUCGAUGAUCUUCAUAGUAAUAUCCCAUCCACCUUCGAUUUCGCACUGCAGAAUCUCACCAUUCAUAGGAAAAAGUUCGAGAUCUUGCCGAGGCUUUUAUGGGAAUCUAAUUGUACAGUGGCCAUGAUGUUGCAGGAGAUCAUGAAAAUCUACGCACACACCUCACGUCCAGUUUACUCACAGAACGGGAUGUACCAUCGAGUGUACAACAUUUUGCUUUUGUUCCAGUGCAUAACUCAUUACCCGGAGACAAGAAACGGCUUUAUUACGGCUGAUAUGCCAAACUAUUUCUAUCCUUUGAUGGACAUUAAUCUCACCGAUAAGCCUCUUGAAUGCCUAAGGCUUGGUGCAUUGGGUGUCAUUGCUCAUAUGUUGAAGCCGCCUGUGGACGUAGCUGUUGUUCGCUACCUUUUGAACACAAAUUGUUUAGAACAUUGCACAAAAGCCAUCGAGAUUGGCUCAACAGAAUCAAAAACACUUGCUGUAUUCAUAUUUAACAAGAUUCUGUCCACUGGUGAGGGGCUUCAGUACUGCUGCGUCUUGCCUGAUCGGUUUUUCUUGAUAGACGAUCUCCUGAAAAAGCUGCUUGUGUAUCUUACCACCAUGCCGACACCGUGUCCCAGCUUGUUCAAUCUUGUUGUCGGUUGCUAUGCCAAGCUCUCCUACAAGCCCAGGGCUCGUAGAGGAUUAAGGCGUUACCUUCCUGCCAUGCUGUUCAACGGCCGCUUUGCUAGUUUACUUGCUGCGGACCCAGUCGCUGAGGGAUAUCGUCAGGAGCUGAUUAAGAAUCUGGAAAUGAAAUGA